UCAAGCACCCAGAGUCUGGAAUGCAGCAACCAAAGUGGCCUCAUCCGCGUAGAAAGUGACAGCGGUAUCGGAUUAUUAGGCAGCAAUAGUAGCAAAUCUGCUAGCCCUACAGCGAUUGCCACGGCAUCUUUGCACCAGCGUGGCUACAGCAGCGAAACUGAGGCACGAGUAGGUGACAAUGUCGAAACUGGCCGUGGGAGCAACAUCGAGAAUUGGGCGAUGACUGUACCACUUCCACCUCCCAAUCUACUUCCUCAACCCGUUAUUAUUCCUGUUGACUCUUCUUGCAGACAAGAUUCCGCAUUUUCCUCCGGAGUAAAUUGCAGCAUAGAGACACCACCCAGCUGGAUUCUGGUCAAUAUGGAGGCCAGGCGGGAACUGCAAUCCCAAAAUCUAUGUAUCACACAUGCCCCUUCCGAUAAGAUGCAGCCUCAUCCUUUUCCUACAGCUGAACUUUCAACCGGUAUUUUCUGCAUUUUUUAA